AUGGCUGUUCAGAAGCGUAUAUAUGUGGGAAAUCUAAACAAUGAUCUUGAAGGAUGUCUACAGGCGUUAGAAAUGCGGUUUUCCAAGUUCGGGAAGUGCACUAGUGAGUUUGAAGUUCGUGGUAAUUUUGCAUACAUAGAUAUGGAAUUUGAAGACGAUUCUAGAUUCACUAAGCUUAAGAGUAGUUUCAACCAUGUUAAAUUCAAAGGAAAUGAUUUAAUAGUGGAUGCUGCUAGGCCGCGUUGGCAAUGGGAAGAACAGAAGAAGAAAGAUGAUGAGGAGGAACCGAUUAAGAGGAAACAGAUCAUUAAAAGGCAUUGGGAGUACUAUAAGAAGAUGGAAAAUAUUGGAAUGAGUUGGGAAGAUCGAAUACAGAUGAUUCCAGGUAGACACCGUACAGCCAAGAGAAAUAAGCAACAAUUGCGUAAUAUGACUUUCAGAGUGGACGUGAAUGGUUCAUUAAAAGUUUACAAGUGUUAUAAGCAGAAGUUGUGGGGGUACGAACGAGAUAAGGAAGCUCAAGAUCUGGUUCAUAAAUUCGUGAAUGGUAAAUGGCGUAAUGGUUGGGAUCAUAUCGUCGACAGAUUAAACUAUACUAGAUCCAAAGGUGUAUCUGCAGGUGAACCCAUCAUGAAAGCAGGACAAGAAGGUGAAGAGGAGGAAGAAGAAGAAGACAAUGGUGAGAGAGAAAGAACUGAUAAGGUUUUGGAGGACAUGUUUAAAAGUUUUGAUUUUGAUAAACCAAUGGUUGAUGAUGAAGCUAUUCCAGAGAAGUCGGAUAAUGAGCUACCCGCCGAUGAAGAUGAGCAUGAACACGAAAUUGAAGUUGAACACGAAAGUAAAGAUGAAGAUGAGCCCAUUCCUGUAUUUGGUGAAGACAACCAAACAAAGACGCUGCGUAAUUUGUUUGAUCCCCAGGAAAAUCAACCCUUCAAGCUAAUUACAGAAUCUGAUGACGAUAUCGAUCAUGAUAAGGAUGCAGAGCAAGAAGAAGUUGUAGCAGAACCAGAACUCGUCAAACAGGAAUAUUCAGCACCAAGAAAAACUGCUGCUCUCUUUUUUCCCCAUUUCGAUUCACCAUUUUUGUCAGGUCAAACACAGUUGAACAAAUUGCCAGCUUUCCAACCCGAUUGGCAAUUAUGGCAGGAUCAAUUCUGGGACCAAAGAAUCGACUGGAUUAAAGAGAUGAAGCGUAAGAGGAAAGAUGCACUCAGACAAUUGGCAAAGAAAAAAUCCAAAAACGGUGUCAAUAUUUUGGUUUGA